GAAAAAACCAGAAGUCGUCUGAUGUUAGACCACACUGACGCUCUGCGCAGAGAACUGGUGGAGACCACCAGGCGCGAGCAAGACGAGCUGGAACGCCUGCUGAACAUGCGGAUCAGCGAGGAGGAAGUCGUGCAUUCUUUGCGGAAGGAACGCAAUCGACUUUUGACGGAAGUGGAGAACAGCCACGUGGAACUGUGCCACCUGAAAGAGAACACGCUGAAAAUGAUGCAGAUCUGCACCUCCCUGAAAACUUCUUGUAGUACUGGUGGGGAUUAUUUUAACGACGACAACAAGACAAAGAUGACUACGGACUUUUGCGUUGGAGGAAGUGGCACGCGAACAACUGGAGUUCGCGACGCUGAAGGGACUAAAAACGCUGGGAUUUGUAGUACAACGAUUGCAAAGCCACGUCAAGGACCGCCACGACACCGUGGGCGGAAAGAACUGAAGGCGGAUGAGUUUGAUCCUUCGUCUUCGUCAGCGGAACAUAUUAACCCUGACGUGCCGACGGAGCAAGAUCGCCGCCACUCCGCGCCGGUGAUGCAGACGAAGUAG